AUGUCCAACAGCAGCUCCCUCAACAAGUUCCUCCUUCUGGGGUUUGCAGACGCACGGGAGCUGCAGCUCUUGCACUUCUCGCUCUUCCUGGGCAUCUACCUGGCUGCCCUCCUGGGCAACGGCCUCAUCAUCACAGCCAUAGCCUGUGACCACCGCCUCCACACCCCCAUGUACUUCUUCCUCCUCAACCUCUCCCUCCUUGACCUUGCCUCCAUCUCCACCACUGUCCCCAAAUCCAUGGCCAAUUCUCUGAGGGACACCAGGGCCAUUUCCUACUCGGGAUGUGCUGCCCAGGUCUUCCUCGUUAUCUUCUUGUUAGGAGGAGAGUUUUAUCUCCUCACAGUCAUGGCCUAUGACCGCUACAUUGCCAUCUGCAAACCCCUGCACUAUGGGACCCUCAUGGGCAGCAGAGCUUGUGUCAAAAUGGCAGCAGGUGCCUGGGCCAGUGGUUUUCUCAAUGCUGUCCUGCACACUGCUAACACAUUUUCAAUACCACUCUGCCAAGGCAACACAGUGGACCAGUUCUUCUGUGAAAUCCCCCAGAUCCUCAAGCUCUCCUGCUCGGACACCUACCUCAGGGAAGUGGGGCUUAUUGUGGUUAAUACCUCUUUAGGCUUUGUGUGUUUCAUUUUCAUUGUGGUGUCCUACAUGCAGAUCUUCACUGCUGUGCUGAGGAUUCCCUCUGAGCAGGGCCGGCACAAAGCCUUUUCCAUGUGCCUCCCGCAUCUGGCUGUCGUCUUCCUUUUCCUCAGCACUGUUGUCUUUGCCUACCUGAAGCCCCCCUCCCUCUCCUCCCCAUCUCUGGAUCUGGUGGUGGCUGUUCUGUACUCGGUGGUGCCUCCAGCAGUGAACCCCCUCAUCUACAGCAUGAGGAACAAGGAGCUCAAGCAUGCCCUGAGGAAAUUGAUUUCUAGAGAGGAGCUCGGUAGGAUGGAGCUCUGCCCCAGGAUCCCAGGAGAGCACAAGGGGGAUCCAUGA